GGCACCAGACUGUGGAGAAACUGGCAUAACAUAAGUGAAACUGCGGCGUUACAAGGUUCUCUGAAUCUUGGCUGACUUGAGAUUUAAGAAAACCUCAGUUUCUGGGUGGAGUUGAUUAAUUGAAUGGCAAUGACCGGAGGGGGGAUUCGACGUUUUCUGGAAAGGUUUUAAUAGAGGAGGUCUAGCGCGAGCCUCCCGUGACGUCACCCGAUUCGCCCCCGCCCUGAGACCAGCCGCCAGCCUCUAGAAUUCGGAAGGAAAACAACCGUUGACAGAAGCGCAAUUGCUUAUCUCCUUCGCUCUUAAGGUAGAAGGCGGAUUCUCGGCAACCGUUACUUCCCCCAUGUGUGACGCACGCCGCGUCUUCAUUGGCGCAGCGUUCGAAAGGUUUCGGCUGCAAUUGGACAAAGGAUGGAGAGGCGGGCUUUCGGGAGAGAAUGUUGUGGCAAGCUCUGGAAGAUUCCUCCGCCCGCCAUAUAAACUUGGAAAGGGGAAGCGCCUCCUUCUAAAUUACAGCUUGGGGAGGCGAGCGAGCGAACGGGGUAGGUGGCCGGCUACUGAGGGAAUUGCGAAGGGCGAUGGGGAAAGAUUAUUAUCGUAUCCUGGGCCUGGCCCGCGGGGCUAGCGACGAUGACAUUAAGAAGGCGUAUCGUAAGCAGGCGCUGCGCUACCAUCCCGACAAGAAUAAGGACCCUGGAGCUGAAGAGCGCUUCAAAGAAAUCGCUGAGGCGUACGAUGUAUUGAGCGACCCGAAAAAGCGCGAUAUUUUCGACAAGUUCGGCGAGGAAGGAUUAAAAGGUGGUGGUCCCAGUUGUAGUGGAGGAGGUCCUAAUGGUACUUCUUUCACUUACACCUUCCAUGGAGAUCCUCAUGCCAUGUUUACAGAGUUCUUCGGUGGACGGAAUCCUUUUGAUACCUUUUUUGUUCAGAGGAAUGGAGAUGAGGACAUGGAUGUUGAUGAUCCUUUUUCAACUUUUCAAAACCUUGGCAAUAUUGGUUUUACUCGCAGUCGUGGAGGACAUGAAAACAUCCGCAAGAAACAAGAUCCUCCAAUCAUCCAUGAGUUGAGGGUGUCAUUGGAGGAAAUUUACACAGGUUGCACGAAGAAAAUGAAAAUUUCACACAAGCGUCUCAAUCCAGAUGGGAAAAGCACACGCAAUGAGGAUAAGAUUUUAACAAUAGAAGUAAAACGAGGGUGGAAAGAAGGAACUAAGAUCACAUUUCCCAAAGAAGGGGACCAAACACCAACCAACAUUCCAGCUGAUAUAGUUUUUGUUCUAAAGGACAAGCCACACAACACUUUUAAGAGAGAUGGGUCUGAUAUUGUAUACCCAGCUAAGAUCAGCCUCCGUGAGGCUUUGUGUGGCUGCACUGUGAAUACACCAACAUUAGAUGGUAGAACCAUACCAAUGAUAUUCAAAGAUGUCAUUAAACCUGGCAUGAAGCGAAGAAUUCCCGGAGAAGGCCUUCCAUUUCCCAAGAAUCUAAAUCAGCGAGGAGAUCUUAUUAUUGAAUUUGAUGUAAGAUUCCCAGACAGAAUUCCACAGUCUUCCAAAAGCGUCCUAGAACAGAUCUUGCCAAUAUAAUAAGACUGGCAUCAACUGGACUGCACUACCUCUAUUAUGGAGGAUUACAGACGGGAAUCAAGAUUUCAGGGUCUGUUUUGGCAGUGGACGUGAGAGUAACUUUAUGCUACAAAAAGUUUCAAAGAAUCGAUUGAAAAAAAUAUUACACUGCUAAAUGACUUUAGACCCAGAUUGCCUUUGCUCAUAGCAUUUAUAACCAGGAGCAUUUGCUGAAAGAAACAGGAAAACAUCUCAAAAAUUUGAAUCAGAGUAUGGCAACCAGACAUGAUUCUGCAUCUAUUUGAGAAGCCCUAGUCAGGCCAUGCCCAUACAGAUUCUCAUUAGGAAAAAAAAAAUGACACUAAAAUCUAAACUGGACUUCAGAAGUAAACAUCUCCAAUCUCUUGUC